UAUUUCUACCCUCUUUCUCUGUCUACCUGAUCGUCUGCGCCUGGAACGUCGCCGUACACCGAUUGGCGCUGGUGUUGUCGACUCGGCCGCCAUGUCACGAUUAUUAGCAGCCAGGGUGAGAAGAGGGCAGGAGCCGCCCAUUCCAGCUUCUCUUCUUCCAAACUGAAUCCGUGUACGGAACGCAACAGGUUGAUGCAGGUGGAUGCCACGAAUAUGAACUCAGGAUGGAACAACGGACAGGCCAGCAUGUUUCAACCGGGCGCCGGCCACCUUAACUAUAGCCACCUCGACGGCUUCGACGUCAACGCCUUCCCCAACGGCAACGCGACUCCCCAGCCCGGCCAGCAAUUCGCGAACCCGUCGCAGACCUUCACGCCGCAGUCCACCAUCCCAGCGAAGCGACCCCACGAUGAUGCGUCGCGUUCGCAGACGCCCUCCUCCUACGCCAACUUCCCUGGCCAGCAGCAAUUCCCCAAUGCGCCCACUCCAUACCAGCACCUCCAACAGCCUGGCUCCAACAACAACACUCCGUCGCCGACCAUGCAGAACCAGCAGUUCCGCCCGCCGCCUCAGCAGCAACAGCAGCAACCUCGGAUGAAUAACGCGUCGCCUUCGCCUUUCCCAGGUCAACAACAAUCGGGAAACUUCGGCAAUCCGGGCACACCGCAGAAUCAGGGCAUGGCGCAAAUGGGCCAGAUGGGUAUGAACAUAGGCGCCAUGAACAUGCCGAAUCAGAUGCAGCAGCAGAUGGCCAACAUGAACAACAUGCAAGCCAACAACGCGUCGAGGGCGUACCAGAUGAAAUUGCUUCAGCAUCAACAACAAUUGCGCGCCAGCGGCAUGCUACCUCCACGCGCCAUGGGCGGUCAGCCUGGGCAAAUGGCUGCGAUGGGAGGCAUGCAGGGAAUGCCCGCAGCUGGGCAAAUGCCGAACGGGCAGAUGAACCAGCAAAUGAUGCAGGCGCAAGCGCAACAGCAGGCCAAGCGAGCGCAAUUUCUGAAAACGCUUGCAAUGUACCACCAGCAGAUGGGGAAACAAUUCAAUCAAACUCCUGUCGUUGCUGGGCGUCCUGUGGACUUGUUCGCUCUCUGGACAAUCGUUACCAGUGCUGGAGGAUCACCACAAGUCGAAAAGGGUGGGCAAUGGCCGACAGUAGCUGCGAAGAUGAGCUUUCCCCCGACCGUCGCGGAGGAGUUGAAGAACGUGCAUACUACUGCAAUCGCCGGGUAUGAGCGCAUCUGGUUCCAACAAAAGAUGCAGCAGAAGCAGCAAGAGGCUAGGAUCCAUGCUCAACAAAUGGCAUUUAAUGGACAGCCGCAGCAGUCGCCGACAAAGAUGAUGCAGCCGCCCGGGCAACAAAAUCAGUUCCAGCAAUUACAACAGAAUCAACAAGUCCAGCAAGGCACUCCCGUCCAGGCAAAUGCAUCGCUACCUCCCAAUGGCAUGUCGACGACACCUCAGCAGAUGAUGGGCAGCGCAGCUGGAAUGCACCAUAGGAGGAACAGCAGCUUGCGCAAACCUGAGCAGAUGACACCCCAACCUGGCGUUCGGCCAGAUACCGCGUCAGCGUCUCCUCUUGUCACGAAGCAACGCCCGCCAUCCGUCAAGCAAGAGUCCACGGGUGCGGUCAUGAAGAGCGAGGAGCCUCAGAGUACGAACUAUCAACCACAAGUUCGGUCGAUAGAGACGGAUGGUGGCUAUGACAUCCCUGCGUUAUAUGAACUUGGGUCCGCGAUCGCCGCCAAGAUACCCAACAUGCCUACAGUCGACGAAAUGGGCGUGAUCGACACGAAAGCCAUUACUUUGAGCCUCGCCUCAGGAAUCCACGCGGAAGUGCGAUACGCUCUUGAUGUGCUAGCAAUCAUCUCCUUCGACCAGCGUGUGGCUCUCAAUCUCAACUCAUGCGAAGACCUCCUCGAUGUAAUCGUUGACUGCGCAGAAGAACAAAUAGAGAUACUCUCUGAAGAUGCCGCCGAGGUAUCGGAUGCGCUGGACCUGCCUUCCUACGAGGAUGUCUUGCGAAGCGCGAAGCUUGAAGCAGAAACGCUGCAAGAAGUUCCCGAGUUCGGAACGCGAGCGUACGAUCUCGAUCGCGCGGCUGACAAGCUCAUCGCCAUCACAACCACCUUGAGAAACUUCUCAUUCUAUGAGUUCAAUCACUCGUUGCUGACUUCGGCGCCCCUCAUAAAGUGGCUCAGCAAUACAAUUCGGCUACUCGGCACUCGCAAUAUGCUACUCCGAAGUCAUCUCAACACCGGUGACUACUUCAAGGAUACCAUCAUCUUCCUGUCAAACAUCACACAAAGCUUGGAACUACCCACGAGGGACGAUGCCCUCCAUAUCUUGCACUUCCUUUUGGCCUUCGCACCCCAGCCAGCUCCUAGCUACGUCGAAAGCGGUGGCAAGCUGAGGUUCACGAGCUUCUCCCCUAUACAGCACAAGUACCUGCCGCCUGCUGUCGACUGCUUGGCAAAGCUACUAGCGAGGCAAGAUCCCAACCGUACCCUUUACAAGAGCAUAUUUGCCGAAUCCUACGCAAUCACUGAAUCGCCACUAGAUCUACUGACGAAGGCGUUCGCGUUGUCAAUAUCAGUGUUACCAGAUCGGUCAAAGGGCCCAGUCGGCAACACAGCACAGCUGCGGAUCGUGGAAGCUCGAAAGGCCUACUUGACACAAGGCAUGCUGGCUGCAGAUAUCCUCACUACGCUAGCACCAAGUAGUGACGCGGAUCUUGCGCGUGCAUGGAUAGAAAGCGAAGACGGCUGGGCUGUCGCGCUCCUCAAUCUGGCCGCCUUGUUGUCUGUCGAUCGAAAUCAGGCGGCUGGACCUAAGGGUCGUGAACUUGGCAUGGAUACGGAGACCUUCAAGCUCAUCACAUAUCGGGCUCUAACAAUGAUGAAGCGUCUCGCAGAGAAGGCCGGCAAAGGAAGUGUACGGAAUGUCCUCGCACAAACGAACGGCAUUUCGAAUGGUGAGGCGAACGGUACGAGUGGCGACGAUGACGAACCAGAUCUUCCUCUUGGACCCAAAUGGGAAGGCAUACCGCAAGGACAUGCAAUACUCGGAGCUUUGAUGAUGCCUAAUACAGACAAAGUGGCGUUGGGCUUACUUUGCGGGUUACACGAGAUGGCCAUGUCUCAGAGUUGAGCUCCCAGACGGUGCUGGCGUUGGACGAACGACCUUUCUUGAGGAAGAAUAGAUCAAACCAGAUUGAUGGUUUAGCGCGUGUAUUGGGCUAAGCGAAUCAUGACAUGUUGUAUCGUUGAUGUUUCGAGGAUGGAUUGCGAGCAGCUGACGAGUUGCAACAUUGUACAAAGAAGCGAAAGACGGAUCAGAGUGAGCGAGCGAACGAACUAUUGAGUGAGCUCAAACAUGUAUGAAAGGAAAUGUGAGUUUUUUCCAAUGGAAAACACUGUCUGAAGAAAAUCCUACUG